CGAAAAUCUGAAAUGAUGACAGUUUUGCUGAGCAGAUAAUCUGCACCUUAACAACUGACUUGAUAACGGAUGUUGGCUUUGCUAGAAGCGAGGUUAUUGGGAGUUACAUUACGAAAGAGCUCAGUUUUGUUUCCUGUCGGCUGCCAGUGAUGGACAUACAGCAAGGUGGGAUUGACAAUUAUUGAUUUUUUUUGGGACCACAACAAGGAUCAGCAAGUCUGAUACUCACUUCUGGAACGAGGAGUUCGCGAGCUCAGUUGGUUGGGUCCGUGUUAGAAUCAGAGUGGUGUAGUUUUUAUUUUGGUGUCCUACAUGUGAAGUGAAGAAAACUCGUUAACAGACUAACUUUGUCUCUCGGUUUAUGGUUCUUGAAUACUUACACUCUACUCAUCUGUCAGUGGUGAGACAGUGGCCACUUCCAUAGUACGUUCAUUGUUCACAACAACCCGAGGACGUUUUUCACACGAUAUUACCAAACCGUGAGACGUGCCAUCACCGGAGCUAAUACUACCUUGACAUUUCACCCCUGUAUGUACAACCACAAAGACCAGUAGGUCCUUGACGUCAUAAUCGUAACCAUACCUGUGAUGUCAUGACUGAGGAUCACGCCAUGACCGCGGGUUUGAUCCCCGUCCGCCAUGCCGCCCUACCCGGGGUGGUCAAGCUGCCCCGGCGCUACGAGAAGGCGGCACUGGGUGACCCCCGCACUGCCAGGUACAGGAAGGUCAGCAUCUGCGCAGGACCGCUGACCGUGGGUGACGGCAUGUCGGACAGACUGGAUGAUCUCAUGACGGCCAUCAUGUGGGUCAAACAGGAACUGAUUCUCUUGAGACAACACGACAUCCUCCUGAAGAGGCAGUUCUUUGACAUCCAUCAUUCUAUUCGAUCUCCACAACCGAAGAACCAGCUCACGAGCUCCUGCUCCUCCUCCACCUCCUCAUCCCUUCUGACUCCCACCUCCCCAACCUCCCCCACUUCUCCCUUGCACACAUCAGUGACUGCCCCCUACAGCAACAACAACAACCUCUCACACUCCGAUCCUCUCUCCCCGCCGGCACCCUCAGACGUUUCUGAUGACGUCACAACAUCCACCCCGGACGCAUCGCCUGUCUUGUCAGGCCGAAAGCGGUCAUCGUCUGGUCGUCUCCCAGCCUCGUUCUCGCAUUUUUACAUGGAGGCUCUGAUAGUGCGGCCGUCCUCCUCCGCCACGCUGCUAAACAGCGUCAACGAUAACGACGACGACGACGAUGAGGACACCGACGGCGAUGACACGUUUGAUGACGAGUUCUUCCGGCCCAGGACGUCGUCCAUGCGAACGUCGCGUGACCUGGCAGCCCUGGCCAGACGGAGAGGGAGCAAAGAACUCAUAUGACGUUCAGGACAAUAGAAGGGAGAUUACAACCCAUAGAAUAUACUCAUGUUCCCAUAAGGAGAUGGGCUUGGGGAGGCAUAUUGAGAGUAAAGAACUCAUCUGACCCAGUGUCUGGUUUCAGGGACUUAAGCAGCAAACACAAAGAAAACGUUUUAAAAUGAUUUGGCAAAUGUUCAUAAAGAAAACAUUUUUACUGGAUAGUCCAAGUAUAAAACGUCUCUGCUCUGUGUUCGAUCUACUGUGCCCUUCUUCAUAUGCACCUCAGAUCAAUGUAUCCAGGUUUUGCCCUGAACUAUAUACAUCGCAGUGAAAAUAAGACUUUUUGCCUUUUUCUUCCAGAUAUCCCUUUAUAAUUGAUGUGAAGUAAAUCCUACACAGACCACUGAGUCCCGAAAAGAAUGUAGCUUUUUGUGUGAGGCUUUCGGGAGGCAGUUAAAAGUAACCUCGCUAAUUGAUGAAGAUGGAUCAUAGGGGAAUUUGCUGGAAUGAAGGAAGCCUCCUUUUAUGAAUCGAUUGAUCUCUGCCAUAUAUUCAGGCACUUUUAAUUAAUCUGUACUAUUUUCUACGAUGGUAUUGUGCUGGACUACGCUAUGGGUGACCUUCUUUCGAAUACCUAACCAGGUUUUCUUAUUAUUGGGUGAUUUGGAGAUUUUUCAAAGACAAUUUUGAUGGGUUAUAUCUGACACUGACUAUAAAUUGGAGGUUUGGCUUCCAAGGUAAGUUAUGCAGUGUCAGAUAGAGUGUUAAGCUUGAAAACAUACCAAACGUAAUUGGUAAUGUUUUUAAAGAGAAGCCCAUCGACACAAUAACAGCUAAUCAUUGAUU